CACAAGCUUACAAAAAUACAUAAUCCAAAGUCACCAAAAAUAAACAUUAGAAAGGAAAGAAAAAAAUGAAAAAAUUACUCGUAAUUUGUCUACUACUGAUCUCAGUCUCAGUUGCAACUUCCCAGACCGAUCCAGAAACUUUCCUACGAUGUCUGGUAAAAGAAGGUUCGAACCCGCAAGUUUUCAUCUCCGACGUCACCUACAUCCCAUCAAACUCCUCUUUCACAACCAUCCUCCGCCGCCGCAUACCUAACCUCCGUUUCGACAAACCCACAACCCCAAAACCCAUCGCCAUCAUCACCCCCACCACGUGGUCACACGUUUCUCCGGCCCUAGCUUGCGCACGUUUGCUUCCUGUCCAAGUCAGGAUCCGAAGCGGAGGCCAUGAUUUCGAAGGACUCUCUUACACCUCCACCGCUCCGUUCUUCCUCAUCGACAUGUUCAACUUUAAUUCCGUCGACGUGAAUCUCACAGAAGGAACAGCUUGGGUUGACACCGGCGUUACACUCGGAGAGCUUUAUUAUAAAAUCGCUGAGAAAAGCAAUGUUCUUGGAUUCCCGGCGGGUUUGUGUACUACAUUGGGCGUUGGUGGACAUAUUAGCGGCGGAGGCUAUGGAACAAUGAUGAGAAAAUACGGCUUGGCAGUGGAUAACGUUGUUGGCUCCAGGAUCAUUGACUCUAACGGGAACACCUACUUCGAUCGAAUGUCGAUGGGGGAAGAGCUUUUUUGGGCGGUUAGAGGAGGUGGAGCCGCGAGUUUUGGCAUCGUGAUGGGAUACAAAGUCCGGUUGGUUCCGGUGCCGGAGAAAGUAACGGUUUUUAGCGUCGGAAGAACCGUCGGAGAAGGUGCCGUAGAUCUUAUAAUGAAGUGGCAGAAUGUUUCUCAUACCACCGAUCGGAAUAUGUUCGUGAGGUUGACUUUGACUUUGGUCAACGGUACCAAGCCAGGUGAGAAGAUGGUUUUAGCUACUUUUAUUGGGAUGCAUUUAGGCCCGUCGGAUAAGACGUUGAACGUGAUGAACCGGGAUUUCCCCGAAUUAAAGCUGAAGAAAACUGAUUGUACCGAGAUGAGAUGGAUUGAUUCGGUCUUGUUUUGGGCUGGUUAUCCGAUCGGUACACCGACUUCCGCAUUGCUGAAGACAACGGUCUCGAACAAGACGUUUCAUAAACGAAAAUCCGACUACGUGAAGCGUACGAUCUCGAGAACCGGUCUCGGUUUGAUAUUCAAGAAAUUGGUGGAGGUUGAGAAAGUGAAAAUGUUUUUGAACCCGUAUGGAGGAAGGAUGGGUGAGAUCCCGAGUUCGACGACACCGUUCCCACAUAGAGGAGGCAAUUUGUUCAAGAUCGAGUAUCUCAUAAGCUGGUCCCAAGCCGGAGAUGACGUUGAAAAGACCCAUUUGGCUAAAGCAAAUGAGAUGUACAAAUUCAUGACCCCGUACGUGUCUAGUAAUCCGAGGGAGGCCUAUUUCAAUUACCGUGAUCUUGACUUAGGAUCAAGUCUUAAUUCCACGUACGAGGAAGGUAAAAUCUACGGAGCUAAAUAUUUUAAAGACAAUUUCGAAAGGUUAGUGGAUAUCAAAACCAAGUAUGAUGAGAUAAAUUUUUGGAGGAACGAACAAAGUAUUCCGGUUCGAAAAUAAUUUUAAGUGUGCCACGAAUGUUGUAACCUUGUGACAUGUGUCACAAUAUUCAGCAAAAUAAACAAGGACAUACUGUAUGUAUUAAGCUUUGGUUCAAAGCAUUGUUGUCAAAUGUAUGUUGAUCACACAUUCGAGGAUAAAUACAACUUAUACAAGUGUUUUCAAGAUCA